AUGAAUGAUGUAACCAUUGUGAUUUUUGAAUUUUUUUUAAUAAUAAGGGCUGUCCACUUAUUAGAUGGAUUUAGUCACAAACUACCACCAGGUAGAUUACCAACAAAUGUUCAAUCGUUGUAUAUUGGUAAUAUUAAACAAGAAUUAGAGAUUGGUUCAAUUCCUAAUACUGUAAGGAGUGUCCAUUUAUUAGAUGGAUUCAAUCAAAAAUUAAAACCAGGUAUAUUACCAGAAGGUGUUAAAUCGUUGUAUUUAGGUGAUAUUAAACAAGAAUUAGAGAUUGGUUCAAUUCCUAAUACUGUAUUACAUGUCCAUUUAUUAGAAGGAUUCAAUCAAAAAUUAACACCAGGUAUAUUACCAGAUGGCAUUAAUAAUUUAUAUUCUUUAAUAUUGGAAAAAGAAAAAAAUAAAUAA